AUCCCCAAACUCACUCCACCCAAAAAAAAUAAUACCAAUAUUUAUUUAAUAAUCAUUACACCUUCUUCUGAUCUUCUUCCUCAAUGGCUUCUCCUCUGGUUUUAUUCUUGGCUUUUAUUAUGGGCUUUUUUGUCCAUUUCACUUGUGGUGACUAUGGAGGCUGGGAGACUGCUCAUGCUACUUUCUAUGGAGGUGGUGAUGCCUCUGGCACUAUGGGGGGAGCAUGUGGAUAUGGGAAUUUGUACAGGACAGGAUAUGGAACCAACAUUGCGGCACUGAGCACGGCUCUGUUCAACAAUGGCUUGGCCUGCGGCUCAUGCUACGAGAUCGCCUGCACCGGCCCCUACUGCGUCCCCGGCUCCUCCAUCACCAUCACCGCCACCGAUUUCUGCCCGCCGAACCCGGGGCUGCCCAACGACAACGGCGGCUGGUGCAACCCGCCCCGGCCCCAUUUCGACAUGGCCGAGCCCGCGUACCUGCAGAUCGCGAUCUACAGGGCCGGGAUCGUCCCCGUCAACUUCCGGCGGGUCCCCUGCCGGAAGAAGGGCGGGAUCCGGUUCACGAUCAACGGCCACACCUACUUCAAUCUGGUUCUGGUGAGCAACGUGGGAGGGUUCGGGGACGUCCGCGCCGUCGCCGUGAAGGGGUCCAGGUCCGCCGGAUGGCAGCAGAUGUCGCGAAAUUGGGGGCAGAAUUGGCAGAGCAACGCCGUGCUCAACGGCCAGAGCCUCUCCUUUCAGGUGACCACCGGCGACGGGAGGACGGUGACGAGUAACAACGUCGCCCCUCCGAACUGGCAAUUCGGCCAAACUUUCGAAGGGGCACAAUUCUAAUUCCCCAAAAAACUGGGGACGACUUCUAAAGAAGUGAUUGAUUUUUGAAGAUUUCUUUUUUCUUUUUUUUUUUACUAUCAAGACGUGUCUCGAGCCGUUUCGCCUGUAAAAUUACCGUUAUACCAUCACGUGUAAAGUUACAUUCCUAAUUCAUGAUAUGGUAUAAUGGUAAUUUGGUAGAAAACGUUGUAUACUUUUUACAGGGGUGAAACCGAAGGGAGGGGUCCUAAUGGAUUAUACUCUUUAGAAAGGGUAUAUACAUAAAUAUAUGAAAUAUAGCUUAAUUAGAAACAUGUUUAAUUAAGUAAAUUACAACUCAUGUGUGAUUAAAGACCUUACAAAAAAAAGGUUUUAAGGGCACAAUGAGUGUGAAAUGUGAUGUAUUUUGUGUAUUCAAUAAAAUGAUUUGAAUUAU